CUCUCUCUCUCUCUCUCUCUCUCCCGCCCACUUUCGUCCUCAUCUUCUGUGCCCCUUUGGAAACCUCUUCUUUAUCUCAGCUUUCAUCAACAAUUCUCCAGCUUUUUUCACCCGAGGCCACCUUUCUCUUUUGCUGCUCCACUCCUCAGCCGCAGAGCAAUCGGAAAAAUUCCAUCUUGGUGCUGUUUGGAAGACCCAAAAAAGGUCGGGUUUUUCAUUGCUUUCCAAUCCUUCUUCCCCCGGUUGGGUGUUGUUUUGGUGAUUCUUGGAGAUGGCGGAAGUCAAGCCGGAGGAGAUCAUCACGCAUCCGCCCAUGGAUCAACUCCAGGGGUUCGAGUACUGCAUCGACUCCAAUCCUUCUUGGGGUGAGGCGAUUGCUUUGGGAUUUCAGCAUUACGUAUUGGCGUUGGGCACAGCGGUGAUGAUCCCAACCUUUCUGGUACCCUUGAUGGGGGGAAGUGAUGAUGAUAAGGUUAGGGUUGUGCAGACACUGCUAUUUGUGACCGGAAUAAAUACACUGAUUCAGACCCUAUUCGGGACUCGCCUUCCAACUGUGAUUGGUGGUUCAUACGCAUUUAUGGUUCCGAUCAUAUCUAUAAUUCACGACUCAUCCCUGACACAGAUAACCGAUGAUCAUCAAAGGUUCCUCCAAACCAUGAGAGCCAUACAAGGAGCUUUAAUUGUCUCUUCCUGCAUUCAGAUUAUUCUGGGUUACAGCCAGUUGUGGGGUAUCUGUUCCAGAUUUUUCAGCCCUCUGGGAAUGGUGCCGGUAGUUUCACUGGUUGGAUUCGGGUUAUUCGACAGAGGAUUCCCUGUGGUUGGGAGAUGUGUGGAGAUUGGUGUUCCGAUGCUCAUCCUAUUCGUUGCAUCCUCCCAGUAUCUGAAGCAUCUACAUGUUAGAGGGUUGCCCAUAUUGGAGAGGUUCUCUCUUCUGAUAACCAUCACCAUCAUCUGGGUUUAUGCCCACUUGCUUACGGUUAGCGGUGCAUACAAACACCAUCCCGAGCGCACCCAAGUCAACUGCCGCACUGACCGUGCCAACCUCAUCUCCUCUGCUCCCUGGAUAAAGAUUCCAUACCCAUUACAAUGGGGUGCACCAACUUUUGAUGCUGGCCAUUCUUUUGGGAUGAUGGCUGCUGUCUUUGCAUCCUUGAUCGAGUCAACCGGUGCUUACAAGGCUGCAGCCCGCCUGGCUAGUGCAACACCUCCUCCUGCUCAUGUCCUGAGCCGAGGCAUUGGAUGGCAGGGAAUUGGAAUCCUACUUGAUGGGCUGUUUGGCACUGUAACUGGUUCGACUGUCUCUGUGGAAAAUUUGGGGCUUCUCGGAUCGACUAGAGUUGGGAGUCGUAGGGUCAUUCAGAUCUCAGCUGGUUUCAUGAUAUUCUUCUCCAUCAUGGGGAAAUUUGGAGCUUUAUUUGCCUCCAUUCCGUUCGUCAUCUUUGCUGCUGUUUACUGUGUUCUAUUCGGAAUCGUGGCGGCGGUGGGGCUCUCCUUGUUGCAGUUCACCAACAUGAACUCCAUGCGCAACCUCUUCAUCACUGGCGUCUCCAUCUUCCUCGGCCUGUCUGUUCCUCAGUACUUCUUCAAGUACACCUCGAGCGCUCAGCGUGGUCCAGCCCACACCAACGCAGAAUGGUUCAAUGACUACAUAAACACGAUCUUCUCCUCCCCACCGACCGUGGCAUUGAUCGUUGCGGUUUUCCUGGACAACACACUCGACGUCAGUGGCACUGCCGGCGACCGAGGCAUGGCAUGGUGGGCUAGGUUUCGAAAAUUCCAAGGAGACAGCAGGAAUGAGGAGUUCUAUACUCUCCCCUUUAACCUCAACCGUUUCUUUCCUCCAUCAUGAGCUUGCUGAUGGAAGAACUUG